AUGGCCUUGGUCAUAUGGCAUUGUAAUCGCCGUCUUCGCUUCUUCCAACGUUUCACAACGUGCUGGCGAUAUAAAGUGGGUUUUUUGGAAAAAGUUUGUAUUUUUUAAAGUUUUUAAAGUUUUAAAAAGAGUUAGAACAAAGGGAAAUUUUAAGUAUUGUUAUUUUUAUUAUACUUUGAUAAAGUUUAUACCUUUUUCAACGCAAGGUUUAUAAGUUGAGACGAGAAGAGGGAUGAUGAGGGUUUGGUGAAGGCCGUCAGAGCAAUCUAUUGUAGCAAAUCCCAAUAAGGCCCCAUCGAGGUGAUCCUGUUUCUCGAGCUACCGAGUUGUGAUGAGGUACUCCUCAAGAAUUUAGGCUGUAUUCAGAAGCCUGUGUAGGCCAAGCAAACGGUUUGCCAUAACCUUGGCACUUAGCACUUCCUAUACAUUUAAAAAUUAGAAACGCGCAUAGGUCGGGCAGAGUAGUCUGCCAAACCUAAUUCCGGUAGUUUAUUGGUCGGCACUACAACGGCUGUUCUAGUUUGAUACUUAAAAAAAUGUUUUAAGAAGCUUUUUUAAGUCAAAUAAGUCUUGUCGCUUUUAAACUAGGAAAACUAUAUAAGUUAGCAACAAAACUUUUUUUACUUUUUUUGGUAAAAGUUUUUAAAUUUAAAUUAAAAAUGUUAAAAUUAAGUAUUUUGAAAAAUCAAAAAAUAUUGUUUCAGUUCACAGUAAUGGGCUUUGAGCAGCCAAUGCUAAAGCACAUUUCUACUCAAACGGACUAUAACAGUUUGGAGUCUCAUGUUGAUUGUGUUGAUUUUGACAUCGCUGCUAUCUUCUUUGUAGCUGUAGCCUUGUCAUCAGUCGCAGCUAUACUUGUACUCUUCUUUACUUGUUGGUAAGUUUUUAUGCUAUAUUAUAUAUAAUAAAUAGGCCGAACCAAAAGUAGCGGGACAUGUUUGAUUUGUAAUAUUUUUUAACGAAAUGACUACUAUUGGUUCAACCUGAUACCUAUAAUGAUACAAUGUAUUAAAAUUGUUUUUUUUUAUGAAUCGAAAAAAUCCUUUACUACCUGUAUUCAAUGCCGUAUUUUACUUUUAAAGUCAUGUUUUACUUUUAAAACACUUUUUGGUUUUUUACUUUAUAUGAAUUAGCACUUAAAAUGGUGUUACAUAUAAUAAAUUUAAAAAAAUAAAAGUUUUAAUAAUUUUCAAAUUUUAAAUUUUUUAACGUUUUAUAUUCAUUUUUUGUUAUUUUAGGGAUUACCGCAAGAUAUGGCUUUGGAUGACUAGGUAAGCUUUAUUCAGCUUUUAGUUAUAAUAGAAUGUAGUUUUUCGUUACACAGGAGUUCCACUGUAUUUAGAUGUCACAGUGUAAUAGAAACGUGUAAGAUAUUAUGAAUCAAGAAACAAAUAUAAUAUAAAAUUUUUGAAGCUUUCAUAUUUUUUGUUUCAGUCGAAAUCCGCCUCCUCGAAGUGUUUCAGUGUCCGUUGAUCGAGUUGAUUCCAAUGCUGACAUGUCAUAUCGCUUUUUAUUGAACAGUGUAUAA